AAACCGAAACACUGAUGAUCUCGUAUAAAUUCGUUUCAUUGCUUAUUUCUGUGUUUUGUGUGCAUUGUGCAAAACGGAGUGUAAAUCUUUAGAUUAUUUAUUUAUAGGCUUUUUUGCUGCUAUUUUUUAGCAACAGCACGAUGAAUGGUGGCGGGAAUAAUGGUGAGGGAAGAGGUAAUGGUGGUGGAAGAGAUAAUGGUCCGUCAUGGUGGCAAUACGGGGCGGCAGCAGCGGCAUUGACAGCUACAGCCGGAACCAUAUACUAUUUAACGAGACAACCUCAGCCGGUAGAGUCGGACACUACAGUCGCGCAGUCGAAACAGCAACGACAAGGCGUAUUGAGCACACUCGGUGAUUUACUCGAACCACUUGCAAAUAAUUCGACUAAGAUGGAAGAUGCGAUUUCCCGUUCUUCGGUACCUGUUUCGCCGAAUAUUACGAAUCUAAAUGCGCUGCUCGCCGAUAUUUACGUCAGAUACAUCGCACUCAAAAGGGAAGAUUUUAGACUUCACUACCGUGUUUUUACUGAAGUUUUUAGUCAAAUUCACAAUAAUAUGAAGGAAGUUGACAAAUACUACAACCGGUAUUCCAGCAAUGUUCAAUUCGCUGGUAGUCACUAUGAUAGACUCCGAAUUAAAAAGCCGGAUGAAUUUGAUGUGGAUAUCGUAAUCGACUUGCCAGUAAACUUACGCCGUGACAGCAACGUAAAUGAAAGCGAUAUUAUCAUAGAACCAAAUUUUCCUGGAUUUGUCCAACUACGAGCUGGUGUUCAAUAUCAAAAGCUUUUGGUGAGAGACGGCUUAGAUUGUCUAAUUAAUAGAACAGCGCAUGAAUGGUUGGAUGAAAAGAACUAUAUCCUUCGAUCCAAAUUUACUAAUUGGUUCAAAAGUGUUGGUAACCGAGCGUUAAAUCUAUUUCCAAAAAGAGGAUAUUUACCGGCUUGUUGCGUUGACGGCGUAUCUUACAGUAUUCGAACCUCCGAAAGUGGUCCAGCUUGGACUUUAAUAAUAGAAGCUCCAAAUUUUAAGUUGGAUGUUGAUCUCGUUCCCGCGCUAAGAUUUCCUGAGGAUCGUUGUUUAGAGGCGAAUGUAAUCCGCCCAAUACCACCAGAAUGUCGAAGAGAAUAUUGGAUGGUGGUGCCCAAACCAAAUAAAGGCGGUAACACAAUCCAUGACGAAAAACGUUCAUGGCGCAUAGCUUUACAGGAUCAAGAGAAACAGUUCCUGAAUAACACGUAUCAGUUGCGGCAGACGAUUCGUUUUUUGAAGAAAUUUCGUGAUUCGCAAAACAUGAAUGGAAUAGCAAGUUAUUAUAUAAAAACUCUUUUCUUAUUGGAAUGUGCCGAAUUGCAAGAAAAAAAUGAAAGUCAUAUCUGGCAGACCAGCGACAUGGCAACACUAUUUAAACGUAUGUUACGGAAGUUUUACAUGGCUCUCGAGAAAAAAGAAAUACCAUAUUUUUGGAAUAGACGUCACAAUUUGAUAGGAAGUGUCAAUCAAAGUUUAAUUAACGAGUAUAAAACGAAAGUUCAGCAACUUUUGUCCGUAUUGGACGAUUCUUAUAAUUAUAAACAAGUAGCUAAAUAUCUAUUGGACGAUAAUGAAUAUAACGAAUACAGAUUUUUACUCUGAGUAUUAUAUACUUGAAAUAAAAAUAUUGUGACAAUGAUUUAUAAAAUUACUACUACUGAAAACGUCUGUUGGCACGAUUUACAUAUGUUUUUUUUUAUACAGCCAUUGCGCCGCUCUUUACGUGGCCAGUAACUUUUGUCCGCUCUCUAAAAUUAAUUAUUUGUUAAAUCAUAACAAUUUAAUAAAAUGCAAUCAAGAAUCCUCUUUAUUUUUCUGCACAUCUAUGGCUGGAGCUCUUCAAAAUGAGACUAUAAUCAAUUCUUUAUGUUAUCGUUCCAUAAUCGCUCGGACAAAAAUUACUUACGCUAUUAAUACAUAAGAUGUCCUUUGGCAUAGUUAUUAAAGUUAAUAAAAAAAAUUGUAACCACUAAGUAAGUACACGCACACCAAGACAACAAAGUUGGCUCGUUUUUUGUUUAUUUGUA